AAUUAGAUUAAUAAAUUAAGCUGAAACAUAUAAAAAUAAUAAUAAUCUUAAGUGAAAUGAAAAACAUCAACAACAUUGAACAAUGAAUAUUUUGUUUGUUUAAUGAAAGUAUUUGUUUGAAUUAAUCAUUUAAAACAAAAUAAAAUGAAUUGAAACUAUAUUUUUCAUUAUGAAUCAAACUUAUAGUAAUUUAACAAAUUUACGAUCAGAUACAAAUUUAACAUUAUAUAGAGAAAAUAAUAUAGAAAUAUAUAGUGCAUUUUUUGUCCAGACAACAAUAUGUAUUAUCGGAGCAAUAUUAAAUAUAAUAAAUGUAAUUGUAUUAAGUCAUAAACAAUUUGAAGCUACACCAUAUUUAUUUAUGACAGCAUUAUCAUUAACAGAUACUGGAAUAUUACUUGUUCAUUUACCAUCUGGUUGGGCAAGGUGUGGAAAGCAACUUCGAAUAUGUCAAACAGAAACAUAUAAACAAUUUAGGGUUAUAUUGUUAUAUUACGUAACAUAUAUUGGAUUUGGAUUAGGGAAUAUUCUUGAAGCUUCAUCUGUAUGGAUAACUGUGUUAAUAUCAGCAGAACGUUACAUCAUCAUGAAAUGGCCACAUUUAGGCAAGUUACAUUUUGCAAGAUAUCAAGGGAAAUGGCAAGUGUUUAUCACUGUAUGUAUAGCUGUGGUGUUUAAUUUUCCAUUAUUUUUUACAUUGAAAAUUAACACUUCUGUUGUCCAAGGACCUAAUAAUACAAAAAGACAUUUUCAUUACAGUAAAUUAACAUGGUUUGGACAAUCAACAUACUAUCACACGUUUACGUGGAUACGGUUUAUCUGUGUUCAAUGUAUCCCAUUGAUUACAUUGUGUAUCGUUAAUUUUAUGCUUCUACGUUUAACAUGGUCUAGUUAUCAUAAUCAAAAAGCACAUCAACUGAGUCAACAAAUUUAUAUGAAACGUUCAUCGCUCCCAUUGACAUCAAGAAUUGACGAAAAUACUGAGAUUAGUUGCCAAAGUGUAAAUGAUAUACCUUAUAAUUUGCAAAUAAAAUCUCAAGCAAUCUCCAAUUUCACAACUCAAGUAACAAUUUCAAAAGAUAUUGUUGACAACACUACAAUACACAGAAAUAACGGUUCAACUCCAACGAAGCGUAUUUCUCUAAGAAACAGACGGUUGGAGCGUUCACAACAAGCGAACAACAAGUUGUCAAUACUAUUGAUGACUGUGAUAUUUUUGUUUAUUAUCGGUCAGAUUCCUCAAGCUUUAGCGUAUGUUCAUAUUUUGGAACUGAUUGUACCAAGAUCUUGCGUAAAAUGUCGACCAUAUUCAGCUCUGUAUAAACAUUUUAGUCAGAUGCUAUGUUUAAUUACAUCAACAACUAAUUUCUUUUUAUAUGUUGGUUUGAAUAGAAACUUUCGUGAAUGUUUGACUGGGUUAUGUCAUACAAGGAGGAAAAACACAAUUUUAAAACGUUGAAUAGAACUUCACUAGAAAAUAACUUGAAUCCGAUUCCUUGAACUUUCUUGUAUGUACAUCUCAUGUUUUGUCCACUUAUCAUAAUUUCUUUAUUCCCUAAUUUUUGUAAAAAUCUAUUCGGUUUGUAAGAGCUAAGGUUUUUUGUCUGUUGAAGAUUUAAACAUUGUACUAAAUGAUUCUGAUAAUAAUAUUUUGUAGCAUAUACUUCAGAUAAAUACCUUUCUGAAUAAUUUUUAAUCCUAAAUAUACCUCACUAGCUUUCUUCAGUAAUGAUCUUGGAUUUCAAGCAAAUUAUGUUAUAUAACUAACUGUCUAUUGUCUAAUUACAUCAAAUGAUGGUAUUAACAGCAAUGAUGAUUUACGAGAACAAUCGAAUUAGUUAUCGUUUUUGAUUUAAAGUAACAAAAGUCUAACAAUAACUGAAGUUUAUUCUGUAUUUUUUAGUUUUUUUUUACUUAAAUGUCAUUUAAAAAUUGCGUUUGAAGGUUUUUAUAUUUCUGUAUGUAUCGUUUUGUGUUUAAAAGUCUAAUUAUUUUUUUGAAAAUAUGAGAAACGAGUUCCAAAAUAUAACGUAUGAGUACCGACUUCUUC